AUGCAAAAAGUUCUCCCAGGUUUUGCAUUAAAGAAGUCUGUGGAAAGAUUGAGAAAAGGUAUUAAAAAAGUUCUACGGAAGGAUGAACUGGCGAAUAAAGAUGUUGCUGACGCUGUUUCAUUCAUUGAAACGAAAACAAUGAAAAAAAGGGGAUCACUAAUUAAGUUCAACGAUGUAAGUAUAUUCAAAUUACACUUGGUAGCUGAGUUAGAGAUAGUUUCUAUACACGUUUGAAAGGGCAGUGUGUGCAAAAAGUUUUUCCUUAAACUCUACCAUUAUGUAUUCUCUUCGCUAUAGCCAUCGAGUUUUUCCUUAAACUCUACCAUUAUGUAUUCUCUUCGCUAUAGUCAUCGAGUAAGCCCAAGAAUUUGCUUGAAGACAAGCGGUCCAGUUUAAAUUGGUGGUACUCGUCACACCGGACGACGUUCUUCGAAAGCAGCACGGACCUGUUUGAAGCUUUAGUCGACGUCAUUUCAAGCUAUUACGUCUUCCACAUAAAUUACCCUGAUCAAAUGUCAGGUAUCCUCUACUUCCUCCAGGAUUUCGCGUUAGAUGUAUCAGACACCACACAGCGAUCCAUUAAAUACUCGUCUUUCGUUGCUGAACUGCAAUGCGAUGUUCACCGACAGUGA